UCAAUAUAUACACAAACAAAGCAACUACUCAACACACAUAUUAGAUAAAUGGAGAUUGAGAAGUUGGAGAAGGAAAUGAAGCAAUCAAAGUUCAAGAAAAUUUGUGUGUUUUGUGGGAGUAGUCCUGGCAAGAAAAGUAGCUAUAAAGAGGCUGCAGUUGAGCUUGGAGAAGAACUUGUAUCAAGAAAUAUAGACUUAGUUUAUGGAGGAGGAAGUAUUGGCUUGAUGGGAUUGGUUUCUCAAGCAGUCUACAGUGGCGGUCGACAUGUCCUUGGAGUGAUUCCAAGGACACUCAUGCCUAGAGAGAUAACUGGUGAAACAGUGGGAGAGGUUAAAGCAGUUGCAGAUAUGCACCAGAGGAAAGCAGAGAUGGCUAAACAUUCUGAUGCUUUUAUAGCUUUACCUGGUGGAUAUGGAACCCUAGAAGAACUUCUUGAAGUUAUAGCAUGGUCUCAACUCGGAAUUCAUGACAAACCGGUAGGACUAUUGAACGUUGAUGGUUACUAUAAUUCCCUUUUAGCAUUCAUUGACAAAGCAGUAGAGGAAGGUUUCAUCUGUCCUAACGCGCGUCAAAUCUUUGUAUCUGCCCCUACAGCCAACGAACUUAUGAAUAAACUCGAGGAGUACUCUCCAAGCCAAGAAAAUGUUGCUUCAAAACUUAAUUGGGAAAAAGAGGAGCUAGAAGAGUAUAUCCCUACACCAAAUGGAAGAUACCAUCAAGCUAGUUUAACUAACUAUAAUCCUCCAACAUAAAAUAUGAAGAAAAGAUUAAAUUUUUAGGGGAGAAAUUAAAAUUAGCAAUUUAUAAUAUAUAGUAUAAUUUAGACUGCAGAAAACAAGUGCUCAAACAAUAUUAUUUCUCAUGUUUGAGGAUUUUUCAAUUGACAUUGUAUCAUGGAAUAGGGAUAGUGUCAAUUCUCUUUUAUUUAUUUA